GUGUUCUGUUCCAGAUCACCUGUUGCAGCCAUGAUGCCUGUUGCAACCGUGAUGCCUGAUGACACACCGAUGUUUGACCCAAAUAUUCUGCAUGAACUUGACUGGAGUGAGAACACGACGACAUUUUCUCCUGCCAUUUCUCCUUUAGAUCCAGGGGAUGGCCUAGUUUUGAGACCACUUUGCACAGCUGAUUUAAAUCGAGGCUUUUUUAAGGUUCUGGGUCAGCUGACUGAAACUGGAGUUGCAAGCCCAGAGCAGUUUAUCAAAACCUUUGAGCACAUGAAGAGAUCGGGAGAUUACUACGUUACUGUCGUAGAAGACACAAAUCUUGGACAGAUUGUUGCUACGGCAACGCUGGUGAUAGAACAUAAGUUCACUCACUCCUGUGCAAAGAGAGGGAGGAUAGAAGAUGUCGUAGUAAGCGGCGAGUGCAGAGGAAAGCAGCUUGGUAAACUAUUAACGUCCACCCUGACGUUGCUCAGUAAGAGACUGAACUGUUACAAAAUCACGCUUGAGUGUCUGCCAAAAAACGUGGAUUUCUAUAAGAAGUUUGGCUAUUCGGUAUCUGAAGAAAACUACAUGUUUCAACGGUUCUUUAAUUAAGAACUUCUAGUCUUUUUUUUUUUUAAAGACUUGGUGGAGGAGCUUGUGCUACAAACACUCUCUUCGUGGAAAAUUUAUAUAGUUUAUUGCUGCAAAUAUAACGAUCCCUAUAAAUAAUGAACAUCAAAUGUGUAGAUCCUGCAAAAAAAAAAAAUACUGACAUUUUAGAAGGGUCCUCUGGGUUAGGAAAUCAGCGCUUAGAACUAAUUUUUACUACUGUUCAGUCUAAGUGAAGCUUUUUUGUUCUAGCUGAGUUACAAAGGACUCUCGUUAAAGGGAUGGUUUUUAACCAAAGGUAUAUAUUUUUAUC